GCACCAUGUGACCCAGCGCGCAUACGGCGCCUGCGUAGUUCGGGCCUCCCACGAUGUGGCCGCUUUGGAGAUCGUCGCCGCUGCUAAGGAUGGUCGGGGCGUCUUCCCUGCGGACUAUCAGCUCCUCCAGCCUACCUGCAUUCCCAAAGAAGGUUAAAAUCGUGGAGGUCGGCCCUCGAGAUGGUCUGCAAAAUGAAAAGCAUAUCGUACCUGCUCAGCUGAAAAUCAGGCUGAUAGACAUGUUGUCUGAGGCAGGACUCCCCAUCAUCGAGGCCACCAGCUUCGUAUCCCCCAAGUGGGUGCCCCAGAUGGCAGAUCAUGCUGAAGUCCUGAGAGGCAUCAAGAAGUUUCCUGGCAUCCGCUACUCAGUCCUGACCCCCAAUCUUACAGGCUUCCAGGCAGCGGUCGCUGCAGGGGCCAAGGAAGUGGCCAUCUUUGGGGCUGCCUCAGAGCUCUUCAGCAAGAAGAACAUCAACUGCUCCAUUGACGAGAGCUUAGAGCGGUUUGAGAAAGUCCUGAGCGAAGCCAGAGCCGCCCACAUUCCCGUCCGAGGGUACGUGUCCUGCGUGCUUGGAUGCCCGUAUGAAGGGAAAAUCUCCCCAGCCAAAGUAGCUGAGGUGGCUAAGAAGCUGUACUCAAUGGGCUGCUUUGAGAUCUCGCUGGGUGACACCAUCGGCGUGGGCACCGUGGCUGGCAUGAAGGAUAUGCUGUCUGCUGUCAUGAAGGAAGUGCCAGUGAGUGCCCUGGCCGUCCAUUGCCAUGACACCUAUGGACAAGCCCUCACCAACAUCUUAAUGGCUCUUCAGAUGGGAGUGACUGUGGUGGAUUCAGCAGUGGCUGGGCUUGGGGGUUGCCCAUAUGCUGAGGGUGCAUCAGGAAACGUGGCAACAGAAGACCUUCUGUACAUGCUGAAUGGACUGGGGAUCGAAACAGGAGUGAGCCUUCCGAAGUUGUUGGAAGCUGGAAAAUUUAUCUGCAAGGCCUUGAAUAGAAAAAGCAAUUCCAAAGUGGCCCAGGCCACUUUCAGUCCCAGGCUGUGACUUCACCCCUUCUUCUGCUCUGCCUUCCCCCAACGGUCUGGGCUAACCAGACCCCAGCAGCAGCCACGGACCUUCAGAACAAAUAGUGCUGUCCCUUUGCCACAUUAAGGGACACACUGACAAUAGCCCAGAAAUGGCAGUGCCAGGGCUGGGAGGUGCUAAAGAAAUGGAAUUAAGAACUGACGUCUUUAGGAAAUCAACUUCAGCUCAGUACACAUGGCUGGAAAAGCUUCCCUUAAGUAAGCUGGAUGAAUUGGGUCAGAGGAAGAAGCCCCAAAUCCUCCCCAUGAAGAGGCUUAUGACUCUGGAAAUUUUCCUGGUACAUUUUCCUUCCAUCUUUGACCCUGAGAAGAAGGAGACAUCCUGGAGGGUGCUAGGAGAAGGCCUUGGAACCCCUUCCUCAUUAUAUCCUGCUUCUGUGAAAUUCUUCCUGGCUCCCCCUCCUAAGAGCUCAGCCUCUCCAUCUAAGGCUUUGAUCACUGACACCCCCAGUCGCCAUCUGUUAUCUGGGGAUGGAAAGGGCUUUGGUCCUGCUGAAGAUUAAAUCCGUCUUAGGAUUUCCUGAAAGGCUGCUCCCCAGUGCCAUCCUGCCAGUUGCAGGACUAUGAUAUUGGAAACCCUCAGAUGCCAUUCUCUACCUGGAAAUGAUUUUUAAAUGUAUCUCUAGCCAAUGUAAAUAAAAGGUGGAAUUCCAGUGA